AUGCCGCUCCUGGCCGAGAUCAGCAUCCCCCAAGACCCCGUGCCGCGACCUCCGGCUCACAACUGGGCGAUAGAAGAAGGCAGCCGCCCCGCUUCAUCUCGAGAAUGCGCUCCGCCUCUCCACCGUGUGUCGCCUCACCAGAAGCCUCCCGCCAUCGCGCCGCUCGCAAGACAGCUCUUCCCCGCGCGAAGGAGGCUUGUCAGGGCGUGCUCGCAUCCUUUGUCCGCCCGGCGCCGCCACCACCACUGGCGUCGAUGGGAUCCGAAGCCGACGCGCCCCCGCGGCGCCACCCACCGCAGGUCGGCUGAAGCUCCUCCGCCAGACCGCCGCAUCGCCGCCUCGCAUUUGGCUCCAUCCAUCGUCGUCGCAGACCCCGAUCACGUCGCCCCCGUCGCUCGCCCGGAGCCACGUCGCCGACCAUCGACAACUCGUCGGACCACAUCCCCGUCUCCGUCGCUCGUCCCCAUCCUCCUCCUCGCCGGACGGCUCGUCCUCGCCUCCUCCCCGGCUCGCUUCACCGCGCCUCGCCGCCCGAUCCCCUGCAACGCACGUGAGGUUCCCCUUCCUUCUCCACUUCUCAUCCAUCGCUGCGCACACCGUCCCGUCGCCACGCGCGCCGCGCCUGCUGCUUCCCCGCGGUUCGGGCCCGCCUCCGUCGUGGCCACCCAACAUCCCGCCUCUGCUCCUCGCGACUUCGCGCACGUGUUCGCCAACGCCCGACCGCGCUCACCGUCGUCUCCACGCUCUGGCUACACCCCGCGCACGACCGCGACACGCCUGCUCGCCUUGCUGCUUGCUGCGGCCCCGCUUACCUCUUCUGUACCUGAACGCCGAACCACGUGCGCCCGUUGUGGCCGCGUUCGGCCGCCGCAACUCCACGCGCCCCCUGGCCACCUCUGCCCAGCACCGCCGCCGACCCCUGUGCCGUCGCCGCCCGCCGGCGAGCGCGCGCCCCGGCUCGCCGUGCCUUCCCCCCCAUUGGCCGUUCCUGAGACAGCGGACGGGCGCCUGGACCCGAAGCCGACGCGCCCCCGCGGAGCCACCCACCGCAGGUCGGCUGAAGCUCCUCCGCCGGACCGCCGCAUCGCCGCCUCGCAUCUGGCUCCAUCCAUCGUCGCCGCCGACCCCGAUCCCGUUGCCCUCGUCGCUCGCCCGGAGCCACGUCGCCGACCAUCGACAACUCGCCGGACCGCAUCCCCGUCUCCGUCGCUCAUCCCCAGCCUCCUCCUGGCCGGACGGCUCGUCCUCGCCUCCUCCCCAGCUCGCUUCAUCGCGCCUCGCCGCCCGAUCCCCUGCAACGCACGUGAGGUUCCCCUUCCUUCUCCUCUUCUCAUCCGUCGCCGCACACACCAUCCCGUCGCCGCGCGCGCCGCGCCUGCUGCUUCCCCGCGGUUCGGGCUCGCUUCCGUCGUGGCCACCCCACAUCCCGCCUCUGCUCCUCGCGACUUCGCGCACGUGUUCGCCAUCGCCCGACCGCGCUCACCGUCGUCUCCACACUCCGGCUACACCCCGUGCAUGACCGCGAGACGCCUGCUCGCCUUGCUGCUUGCUGCGGCCCCGCUUACCUCUUCUGUACCUGAACGCCGAACCACGUGCGCCCGUUGUGGCCGCGUUCGGCCGCCGCAACUCCACGCGCCCCCUGGCCACCUCUGCCCAGCACCGCCGCCGACCCCUGCGCCGUCGCCGCCCGCCGGCGAGCGUGCGCCCCGGCUCGCCGUGCCUUCCCCCCGUUGGCCGUGCCUGAGGCAGCGGACAGGCGCCUGUUGUGCCCGUUGCGGCUGCAAGCGCACUUCCGCAGCGCCCGUCGCCCGUUAG